AUGGGCCUCCCGCGUGGGCCCCUGGCAGCCGCGGCGGCGGCCGCGGUCCAUGGGCUGCUGGCGUUAGGGCUCUGGAGCUCGACGCCCGCGCCUGCUUGCCCGCAGCCGGUGUGCCCGGCGCCAUUCUGCCCGGCGCUGGUCUGCCCCGACUGUGUGUCGGUGGCCGGCGCGCCCGACCCGGGGCCGCCGGGUGGCCCUGCGGCUCUCGGCCUGGGCGAGGUGCCCGAGGAGCUGGCGGAGAUCCGCUCGGCGGCGCUUCGCCUGGAGGAGCAGCUCGCCUUGGUGCAGGCGGCGCUGGAGGCCGCUUGGAACGCCUGGCCGUUGCUCUGGGUGCUCAUCGGUGGGGCGGGCAGGGAUCUGCUCGGUCGCCUGACCGAUAGGAAGUACCAGCUGUUCUCCUCCAGCGGCCUCGUCGUGCCGGAGGAGGAGUUUAUGCGUGAGAUGAAGCCGGGCAAGCGGUUUGCCCUUUGGUAUGAGGACGACACUUACUGGCACGAGCGGGUCGCGCUGGCGGAGGUGCGGCCAGGGGUGUGGAUCAUCACCACUCCCGAUGGGCAUCGCUACUCUGAGAAUAUCAGGUGCCGCCGGGGUACCUCAGGCGCGGUGCAGGCGGUGCAUCUCGUCCCUGAUGCCGAGCUGCUGGAGCCGAUGAAGGGGCACUUCUACCGGUUUCGCACCGCGUUCGACGCCGCGGACCUGGUGGAGCAGAUCAAGCUGGCUGAGGGCGAGUCCUAUGGCAUCACUCGUCGUCGGCGGCCGUCGCCUGAGGCCAUUGCCCUGUGGGGCGGGAGUGAGGUCGAGUAUCAGGCGCUGAUGGACUCGGACGGGGCGCAGCUGGUGCCCUUGGCUGGGGACGACGGUGAGGCGAGGCUUGCUGUCGCGCCGGGCGCCGCGGCUCUGCCGCUGGCCGCGCCCGCUGGCCCGCCGCCGGACGUCACCUGGCUCAUCGUCGACCCGCUCCACCCUGAUUUCGGUCGGGAGCGCCAUCCUGCUCCAGACGCCGAGAUGGCAGGUGACUACGCCAUGGCGUUGGACGUGAGUCGGCGGCCGGUGCCAGUGAAACGGGUGCCGAUCGCCGACGUGGCCACCUUCUUGGACACGGUGCACAUGACGGUGCGCAAGAUCCUGGACGAGGAGGGCGCCGCCGUGAAGGCGGACAAGGGUCUGGAGGGCCGCCUGAGCGAGGCCCUGGACGGCGGCACCAAGACCCCUCCUGCGGGCGAGGACGCGAGGGCCUUGUCGGUGAGCUACGACGAGCACGGGGAGCGGUACAAGGACUGGCGAUCGGUCUGCGCCGAGAUCUCGUUCAGCCACUUCAGCGACUGGGAGAAGCACCACGAGGGGCCGGAGCGCACGGGCAUCGAGAUGAAGCUCCUGCUGGACAUCCUGUACCUGAGCGGCUGCUACGACCAGGUCAACGGGCCAUCGUUGGCGAGCAUCGAGGCCGUGUCGAGGAGGGUGUGCCAGAUCAUCGAGGCGUACUCCACUGGCGCUCCUGGCCGCGCGAACUGGGAGGGCGUGAAGCACUUCAUGCCUCUGGCCAACUCGGCCUCGGUGGCGCCGCCGGAGCUGCGCUCGCAUGCCCGCCGCCGCGCGAAGGAGGAGGUGGAGAUCGAGAACAUGCGCAUGAAGGCGCGCGGGCUGCAUCCGGGCGCUGGCGCUGAGGGCAGUCAACCUGUCCUUCCUGGCGCAGCGGACGUGGCCGACAGGCUUCUGGCCUGCGAGGCCAUUUGCGGCGUCGCGAUCCCUAGCCGGCGAGCGGCUUUUCUCGAGCUGCUGCACGGCCGGGCUGUGUACGAUGCAGAGCCCGGUGGACACAACCUUGCCAGUUUCUCCAAUGUCUCCUCUGUGAGCCUGCCUGACAGCCUCGUCGGCGCCCCUUCGGUGCAGGAGGUUGUGGGCCCAGAGGCGAGCCAAUUCUUGGAGCAGAACUACGAGCGCAUGCUGCGCACCUCGACGGACUUUUUGGAGCGACAGGAGUCGCUGCCCUCUAUAACUCCUUAUUGGGACCCUGUGCUUUCUCGCAGCCGCCGCAAGUUUCUGCGGCUGAUGCGGGCGCUUCUGCGGAUUGGGCUGGUCGCGCUUUUGCCAGCUGGUUCGGCGCAGGAGCACGUCGGUAUGUUCUUUGUGAAGAAGGGCGAGAAGGGGGGGCUCGUCUUGGAGGGCUCCGGGAUAUGUCACUACAUCUACGUUGACAAUCUGGGUGUUCUCUCUUGUGAUCCCUCUCAUACCUCGUCCAUCCUGUCCGACGCGGCGGCUCGUUUCGAGAGCGUUGGGCUCGUGGCCCACGAGCGCGAGGUGAGUGCCACUUCGUCGAAGGCCCUGGGGGCCCACAUAGACCUCGAGGGCCUUAGAGUUUCUCCUGCGCCCGCUCGACUGUGGAAGGUGCGCCAGGGUGUUCUGUAUGCCUUGUCGUGUCGGAAGCUGUCUGGACGUGUCUGGGAAGUGCUGCUGGGCCACCUCGCCUUCUGCGCGCUGAUCAAUCGUAGCAUGAUGAGUGUCUUCAGGAGUAUUUAUGCCUUCAUACAUAAGUACUACGCUACCCCUAUGCCGCUGUGGGACACCGCUAGGCAGGAGAUGCUGACCGCUGCCUCCCUCCUGUUCCUGAUGGAUGCCUCGUGGGCGCUGCCCUGGUCCCCUGGUGUCGUGGCCACGGGCGCUUCGGAGGAGGGGUUCGGGGCCACCGUCUCAGAGUGGGGCCCUCAGGAGCUUGGAUCUGAGGCGGACGAGGGGGAGUUCGACAGGCCGUAUGAUGUGGACUCUAGCUUCCCGGAGGUCCCCCACAAGCUGCUCUCGCAAGCCCACUGGAGUACCCUUCUGGCGGGCCCCUGGAAGUACUUUGACGAGGGCAUUUUCACCUUGGAGGCUAGGGCCCUGGUCCUGGGAUUUCAGGCGCUGGUGAGCGAGUGCCAAGUCAGGAACGCGAGGGUGCUCUUCUUGGUUGAUAACAUGGGGGUGUGUCUAGCCUUCGCUCGGGGGCGCACCACGGACUUCAGGAACCUGGUGACGUUCACGCCGGCGCCCGCGAUUGGCAGGGCGACCCGGGCCCGCCGUCUGGCGUCCGGGGACGCGCUGGUGGCGAAGCUGGAGCAGGCCCCGAAGGAGAAGGAGCAACGGACGCUCGACGAGUUGAGCGACGGAGAGGUGACAGACAAGGACGACGAGAGCGACGCGACCUCCGACACCGUGAAGGUUCAAGCGCGGCCGGCUCGCCGAGUGCGAGUCUUGGCGGCCCCGCAGGUCGGGCGAGCGCGCCAGCCGGUGGAGGCGAAGCGGCUGCAGGGGCUGGGUCUUCUGCCGCUGGAGUCGAGCGCGGUUCAGUCGAAGACGGAGACCGACUACUGCGACGCGGUGAACGCCUGGCGGGCUCGAGCCCGCGAGCUGGGCGAGCCUCUCGGCGUGGCUGCCGAGGUGGGCGCGUCGGUGGUGCGGCAGCUGCAAGAGCUUUUCGACCAAGGCGAGAACCUCAGCAAGGGCGAGAAGCUCGUGGCCGGGCUGGGGCACUUCCUGCCCGAGUUCGGGCGGCAUGGAGGCCUUCAUCUUUCCCGGUGCUACCGGGCUCUGAAAGGCUGGAGACGCCGCUGCCCGCCACGAUCGCGCCGCCCCCUGGCCUUCAGCAUCUGGGCAGCCAUCGUCUGGGAGCUGUGCCGCGCGAACUUCUGGAACAUGGGGGUGUACGCGCUGUUCAUGCUGGUGACCUACAUGCGGCCCUCGGAGCCCCUGAAGCUGCUGAAGGAGGACCUCCUCGCCCCGGCGCAUGGGCUCUCUGCCUCGUGGAUCUGCUUCGCCUUCCGGCAGGGGCGGGGAGCGGCGUCCAAGACGUGCGCGACGGACGAGAGCAUCGACCUGAGCUGCAGGUGGGUGCCCUACCUGACGACGGUGGUUGCUGCGCUGCGAGCAGGCGACCCCAAGGCCAAGGUCUUCAACUUCAAGUACAGCAGCUACACGCGCCAGUUCAAGAUCGCCUGCAAGAAGCUGGGGCUGACGGCCGUGCCUUAUCAGGCAAGGCACUCAGGCGCCUCCAUCGACGCCGCCAUGAAGUAUCGCACCCGGGCCGAGAUCAAGAGCAGGGGACGGUGGAAGGCGGACAAGUCGGUGCUGAGGUACGACAGCAAGGCCAAUAUUGUCGAGAGCGUCGACAAGCUGAGCGCCUCGUUGGCGUCUCACGUGCAAAGGUGCGAGCUCCAGCUCGGGCCCCUUUUGUGCGGCCAGAUCGACCCCUCGGCCAUCGCGCCGCCCGUCAUCCCGAGCUCGGCCCGCAGGAUCCUCAAGCUCAUUCGGUACAUCCACGCCCUUGGCAUCCCGUGGGCCGUCGAGAACCCAGCGACAAGUUUACUUUGGUGGGUCCCAGGCUUCAUCCAGUUCGCGAACGAUCCCAAGGCCUCGCCAGGCCGCUGCGGGGGUCUGCAGGGCCCGGCGGCGUUGCUCGGCAGGACGGGCGACGAGCUGGUUGAUGACGAAACCGAGUCUCUCUUCGGUCUCUUGCAGGAGAUGGUCGAGAGUUGCAUCGCCGAGCCACUGCACAUCAUUCCGCUUCACAACAAGUGGAAGAGCAGGGCCAGCUUGCUCAGCACGGCAGCUGGCAAGCUCAAAGCCGACGAGCGCUUCUCCAACGUGAGCACGAUCGCGGGGCUCUGGAAGCAGUACCCCGACGAGUGCAUGCUCUUGAUCUCCAAGCACUCCUCCAUGUCCUUGGAGAAGUGCUCGGCCGAGAUGAACCUCGACAAGCGCUUGCUCAUUCGCGACGUGUUCACCAUAUGGGCUGACGCGAGGGCCGCAGCCGUCGGCAACCGCUUGGCGGACUUCGGGAAGCCAGGGCAUGGGGCGGUCCGCACUGACCAUACCAUUGAUUGGUCGUUCGGCUCGUACCGCGCCUCAGUUUCGGGUGAGUUCAUGUCGGAAAUCACGUAUCGCCACUCGAAUGUCAAGAAGGACAUCAAGACGUACAAUUUGUCGAAGUGUGCGAAGAUCCAAUGCAACUGGGACGACGCCAAAGCUUACUUCGAGAUCGGUGAUCUCCCGAAGAUCUUUUGCAAGACGUUCUUCAAGGUCAAGGGCGAGGGCCCGAACGCCUUGUCGCGUUUCAGCGGGAACACGGCUCACGAGUCCUACGAGAAGUCCAAGGUGACGAAGGUGAGCGAGAAGAAGACCAACUUGAGCAUCGCGAAGCAGCUCGUUGACAACAGCACCAAGGCUAAGCGCAGGGAGAGCCUUCAGAAAGGCCGUGAGAAAGCAGCCGAGUCCAACAAGGCCAAGAAGGCGCGCACCGAGGUGCAGAUUGGCGCACCUAGCAGCUCAAAGUCGGAUGCAAAGCAGGCCUGA